UAGAGGAAGGAGAAUGGGCCUUGGGAAAUUAAUGACUGCUGCUAAACAUGCCAAGUUACAGCCAGGUUGUUUCUGAUAUGCCUAAAUUUUAAAAUGUUUUCCUGAUGCAUUAGCAGACAUGCCCAGGAUUUUUCUGCUGUUUACAGCAUAGCUAGCUGUCAACUGCUCCUUGAGAGUGGCAAUGCCUGACCAUUUUUUUUUUUUUACCAGAGGUCUUUUUCCUGUUUGCUGAUUUAGGGUGUCUGCUUAUUUGUUUUUAUUUCUCAGUGCUGAUGAUAUAACUCCCAUCUCCCUUGCCCCCCCUUUUGUUGCAGAAUCCAGAGGAGCUGUCGGAGGAUCGUGCUCACAGGGAGAUGAUUCCUCAUGAAGUCACUGGAUCCCCUGCAGAAAUCAAAUGUGACUUUCCGUUUAUCAGACUGAAAUCAGAGCCAGCCAGACAGUGAAGCAAGCACAGUGGAGGGGGGACGGCGAAAGAUGAAAUCCAACCAAGAGCGGAGCAAUGAAUGCCUGCCACCUAAGAAGCGAGAAAUCCCUGCCACCAGCCUGCCUUCGGAGGUGAAGCCGGUCCUGCCAAAUGAAAACCACCGUGCGGAUAACCUGGCAUGGCUCCCCAGCACACCCAGUGGCCAGGGCGGCCUGGGGGGCCGGCACCGGCCCGGGGGCACCUCCUCGGUGGAAGCAGGCUUGCAGCAGGGUUUGCACAAGUCACUGUCUGCAGGGCUGGACUACUCCCCGCCGAGUGCGCCCAGGUCCGUUCCAACCUCUACCACUCUUCCCACGGUGUACUCGCCCGCCCUCUCCCAGUCAGGGACCCCCGUUUCCCCCGUGCAGUACACUCACCUGCAGCACACCUUCCAGUUUGUCGGGCCGCAGUACAGUGGAUCGUACACCGGAUUCAUCCCCUCACAGCUGAUUUCCCCAACAGCCAAUUCUGCGACCGGCGCCGUGGCGGCGGCCACAGCCGUUGCGACCACUCCAUCCCAGCGCUCCCAGCUGGAGGCUUAUUCCACUUUGCUGGCCAGCAUGAGCGGCUUAAGCCAGCAGGGGCACAAAGUUGAGCCGCACCUGGUCAGGACGCCUGGACUGAUUGCUGCUGGGUCUCCUCCACCCACCCAGCAGAACCAGUACGUGCACAUUUCCAGCUCUUCCCAGAGCACUGUCAGAAAUGUCUCUCCUCCAACCAUCCCAGUCCCCCUGCACCCACAUCAGACAGUGAUCCCGCACACCCUCACCCUCGGCCCUUCCUCCCAAGUGGUGGUGCAGUACACUGACUCGGGGGGCCACUUUGUCACCAGGGAUCCCCCCAAGAAACCUGAGAGCAGCCGGCUGCAGGCAAUGCAAGCCAAGGAGGUACUGAAUGGCGAGAUAGAGAAGAGCCGGAGGUACGGCAUUUCGCCUUCUGCCGACAUGGGUCUAGUCAAAGCAGGCAAUAAACCAGCUCCCCAUCAUUACGAGACCAGGCACGUGGUGGUCCACUCGAGCCCCGCCGAGUACGGCGUGCGGGAUUCCUCAGGUGUCCGAGCCUCUGUCAUGGUGGUCCCCAACAGCAACACGCCCACGGCAGACAUGGAAGUGCAGCAGUCUGCCAACCGUGAGACCUCUCCUUCAGCCCUCAACGACAAGGGAAGUUUGCACUUAGGAAAGCCAACCCACAGGUCCUAUGCCUUGUCUCCGCAGCAGGCUCUGGGCCACGAGGGGGUGAAGGCAGUGGCCACGCUGUCCCCUCACACCGUCAUUCAGACCACCCACAGCGCCUCCGAGCAACUCCCCGUGGGGCUGCCGGCGACAGCUUUCUACACUGGGACCCAGCCGCCGGUGAUCGGCUACUUGAGCGGCCAGCAGCAAGCCAUCGGCUACCCCAGCAGCCUGCCGCAGCACCUGGUGAUCCCGGGCACCCAGUCCCUGCUGAUACCGGUCGGCAGCGCGGACGUCGAGCCGUCGGGAGUCGCGCCUGCGAUCGUCACGUCGUCUCCUCAGUUUGCAGCAGUGCCUCACACGUUCGUCACCACCGCCGUCCCCAAGAGCGAGAACUUCAGCGCGGAGCCCCUCACCACCCAGCCUGCCUACCAGGCCGCCAUGGUGCAGGCGCAGAUCCACCUGCCUGUGGUGCAGUCCAUUGCCUCCCCUGCCGCUGCGCCCCCCACGCUGCCCCCUUACUUCAUGAAGGGGUCAAUCAUCCAGCUGGCCAAUGGGGAGCUGAAGAAAGUAGAGGACUUGAAAACAGAAGACUUCAUACAGAGUGCGGAAAUCAGCAAUGACCUGAAAAUAGACUCCAGCACUGUGGAGAGGAUCGAAGACAGCCAUAGCCCAGGCAUCGCCAUCAUACAGUUUGCGGUGGGAGAGCAUCGAGCACAGGUCAGCGUGGAAGUCUUGGUAGAAUACCCUUUUUUUGUAUUUGGACAAGGCUGGUCAUCCUGCUGCCCUGAAAGAACCAGCCAACUCUUUGAUUUGCCAUGCUCCAAACUCUCGGUGGGGGACGUCUGCAUAUCACUCACGCUCAAGAACCUGAAGAAUGGCUCUAUUAAAAAGGGCCAGCCCAUGGACUCAGCUAGUAUCUUGCUGAAGCAUUCAAAGAAUGACAGUCUAGCUGGAAGUAGACACAGGUAUGCGGAGCAGGAAAACGGGAUUAAUCAGGGAAGCGCACAGAUGUUAGCUGAGAAUGGUGAACUGAAGUUUCCGGACAAAAUAGGAUUGCCUGCAGCACCUUUGCUCACCAAAACAGAACCCAGCAAGCCCCCAGCAACGAGGAAGAGGAGGUGGUCAGCCCCUGAAACACGAAAACUAGAGAAAUCAGAAGAGGAGCCGCCUUUGACUCUUCCCAAGCCUUCUUUUAUUCCUCAGGAGGUUAAGAUUUGCAUUGAAGGUCGAUCCAACGUAGGGAAGUAAAAGUUGUUUGGGGAAAGGAAAUUAGGCUAUCCCUUGUCAUUUUUAUCCAGAUUACUGUACUGUAGACUAAAUAACCCAGUAUUUACAUGUUAUCAUCUUAUUUUAGGUUUAUGUUAUAACCUUGUUGUUAUAGUUGCAGCUGGUAUUAUGCAGGAGACUGGUGCAUAUGUUUUUCCACAAGUGUUUGUCAGUGACUAGGUUUAUCGAGAGCUACAGAAGGGGCAGUAUCUGCUUCACACACCCUUAGUGGAAAUGAAUGUGUUGUCUUGGCUCCUGUUUUCUAACACCUCGUGUAGGACAGGGUCCAGCUGUGAUUUUGUUUUCUUUUUGUUGCUGUUGUUUUUGGGUUUUUUCUUUUUUUUUUCUUUUUUUUUUUUCUUUUGUGUUUGUUUUGUUGUUUUGGUUCCUUUUCUAGUUUUUUGGGGGGGGAGGUGAGGAGAAGGGAACUGUAGCAGAGGUGUGUGUAGAACAUGGGAUGGGUAUGUGGGUGUGUGUGUGUGUGUGUGCGGGCGCAUGCCAGCCCCCAGGGUGGGACGGCCGCUCUCUGGCAGGUUGGUGAUGAGGUUUCCUCACCCCAGGUGGAUGCUGAGGACACAGCCCUUGGGUGUGUUACUGAAAAGGAUCAGACAGUCUCUGAUGUUUUCAACAACAAGCCAACUCUUACUCAAGGCUCUACUAUAUAUAUAUAUAUAUAUGUAUAUAUAUAUGUAUAUAUAUAUAUAUAUAUAUAUAUAUUUGUGUGUGUGUAUAUGUAUAUAUAUAUUUUUCCCCCAUGGGGUCUGA